UUUAUUUUUGACAGCCGGAACCAGUGUGCUGUGGUGGAUCGCAAAUGGCGACGCGUGUUAUGCUUGGGCUGAUGAUGUUGUAAUCUUAAAACUGGCAGCGCAGCGCGUUGGCCAAAUCAGUUUGACUUCGAGACCUGACAAAAUGGCAAUCAAUUGGCUGCUGCUGCCGAUGCUGCUCAUGCUGCUGGGCACAACAUUAAUGGGCGGUGCGGAGGCGCGUGCAUCGCAGGGCAUGCAUGUGCAGCUGCCGCAUGGCGGCUGGCUGGUUGGACGCCAUAGGACCACGCACAGUGGUCGACAUAUGCGCGCGUUUAUGGGCAUACCUUAUGCACUGCCGCCGCUGGGCGAUCUGCGCUUUCGUCCGCCAGUGGAGCAGCCGGCAUGGCAGGGCGAGCGAUUGGCUGUGAAGGAUGCGCCCGUGUGCAUGCAGCGUGAUCCGUUUCGGCGUGACAUGACCAUCGAGGGCUCCGAGGAUUGCCUGUAUCUGAACGUCUAUACACCGGAUCCGGUGGCAGCUGAGCCGUUGCCCGUGAUGGUCUGGUUCCAUGGCGGUGGCUGGCAAUGCGGCUCGGGCAUCAGCAGCUUCUACGGUCCCGACUUUCUGCUCGAGCAUGACAUUGUGCUGGUCUCCGCCAAUUUCCGGCUCGGUGCGCUCGGUUUUCUUAGCACCGAAACGCUCGAUUGUCCUGGCAACAACGGGCUGAAGGAUCAGCUACAGGUGCUGCGCUGGGUGCACGCCAAUAUAGCCGCCUUUGGCGGUGAUCCGAACAGCGUGACGGUGUUUGGUGAGAGCGCCGGAGGCGCUAGUGUCACCUAUCAUAUGCUCGCCGAGAAAUCGCGCGGUCUGCUGCAUCGCGCCAUUGCACAGUCGGGCACCUAUUUUAAUCCCUGGGCGCAGCCGGCACAUGACGGCGUGGCCGCACAGCGUGCGCUCAAGCUGAGCGAGCUGCUGAAUUGCAGCGAUGCGGGCAACGAUUGGUCGGCCAAGUUGAAGUGUUUGCGCGACAAGCCAGCUGAGGACAUUGUGGCCAAGCUAUACGAUAUGUUUGUGUGGGAUUUCGAUCCCAUGAUACCCUUUCCGCCCGUCAUUGAACCGGAGCAUGAAGGUGCUUUUCUAACGCUGCGACCGCGUGAGGCGCAGGCCCCUCACGGCCAGGCGCUGCCCCUGAUGAUAGGCGUGACCGCUGAGGAGGGGCUGCUGAAGACGGCGGCGCUGCUGAAUUUGCCACAUUUGAUGGAUGAGUUCAAAUCGUAUUUUGAGCACCUGCUGCCCGUUGUGCUAAAUUAUGAUCAUCAUGACGCUGAGACACAGCAGCAGAUAACUCGGCACAUCGAGAGUUUCUACUUUAAGUCGGGUCACAACUACAACAAGUCCAAUCAUCAAAACCUGACCGAUCUGAUCUCCGAUGGCUGGUUUGUGGCUGGAGUCGAUGAGUAUCUACAGCUGCGCCUGGACGAGCAGCAGCCUGCAUUGGCGCCCACCUAUGUCUAUCUAUUUGAUCAUAAGGGCGCCGCCAGUUUCUCAGAGAUAUUCAAGGGAGCGCACAAUGAGUUCUAUGGCGCUUGCCAUGCGGAGGAGCUGCAAUAUCUGUUUCCCAUUGGCCAGCAACUGUUCGUUAGCGCCGUGCCAACACGCCAGGAUCUGGAGCUACGCGAUCUAAUGCUGCGGCUUUGGGUUAACUUUGCGCGUACCGGUGAUCCGAAUCCUGUCAUUGGCACGAGCAACUUACCCACAUGGCGGCCCACAUCCUCAUAUCCGGUGGAGUACGCGCGCCUUGGCUCCAAGCUGGAUGCGAUGGAUGAUGGGACGUUCCCGCCGCUGCUGCGCAUGGAGAAAGCGCUGCUGCAGCAUCGUGUUGACUUCUGGCGCGAGCUUAAAGCACAUUUGCCGGUCAGUCGGCGCGUACAACAGCACAAUGAGCUUUAA